UCUGGGGAGAGGGGAUGUGUGUUUGUGUGCGUGGUCUGCGCAUCGUCCUGUUUGUCCCUCUGCCGACAGGUCUGCCGCCUUCCUGCUCCAGCAGUGGUCAGGGUCCGAGGAGUAUCCCGGCCCGGUGUGUCUCAGCCGGUCUGCCUGGGAUGGGUGAGUCUGUACCGGCAGGGUCCCACCCCUGGGACCGGGCCAGGCCGAGCUCUGCAGCUGAAGUUAUCUACGCUUAGGCUGGAGACGGAGGAGGAUUCAGGCUCGGGGCGGAGUAAAGGAUUGGAUUGGCGGCUCCAUUUCUUGUCUCUGUCUCCGUCUCGAGCCGAGUGCCUCCGUGGGGAAAGGGUUCAGGACAAUGCAUGUUGGAAGAAAGAUACAAGAUCUGAAUCUAGAUGGAGCCACAUAUUUCGGGAUCAGUCAGAUUUACCUAAGAGCGAAGUGGUGUGUGAUCAGUUUUUUAGUGCGGUACUUGCCGAUGCUGUUCCUGGAAGCCAAGCCUGGGUGGGAAACAAAGGAUACUCUUAGAGCCAAAUUUAGGUCCUUGUGUCCACAGUGAAGAAAGGUUGGAAUCUUCCCAGCCUGGGCGGAAUAGAACAGCUGAGUCCGUCCAUGUGAUUUAUACAGCAUAUUCCCUGUUCCUUGGAAAACGUCUGGAAAGAGUGGUAUUGGACAAUUGUUGAACAAAACCAGCAAGUUGCCAUUCACAAUUUUGAGUGGAGAUCCCAGAUCAUAUUGUAAAGAUUCAGCACCACUUCUCAUUGGUUCUGGAGGCGUGAGCAGACUCUCUGCUGCUCGGUUUCUCCCAGCGUGGAAAGCGCCUCCCAAGCACUACUUCUUGCCUCAGCCGCCGUGCAUGUGCCAGCCUGUCUAACCUGCAGGAUUCCGGCCAGGUCAGGUCUUUGUUGUCUGAAGGACCGCAGGAAGCAUCUGAAUACUCCACCACCUCGGCCUCCCCUCUAGAAAUUUUCAUUUCUAGAAUUUUUUUCCAUAGGACAUAUUCCUACAUGUAAAAAUGAGCUCUUCGGUAAGAAGAAAAGGAAAACCAGGCAAAGGAGGUGGAAAAGGGUCUUCUAGAGGAGGACGAGGAGGAAGAAGUCACAGUAAUAAAUCUCAUGGGGGUGGUGGCGGAGGAGGAGGCGGUGGCGGCGGCAGUGGCGGAGGUAAUAGAAAGGCCUCAAGUAGAAUUUGGGAUGACGGAGACGACUUCUGUAUCUUCAGCGAAUCAAGGCGCUCAUCCAGACCUAGCAGCAGUAGCACAAGCAAAGGAGAGUCACGACCCAAACGGAGGCCCGAAGUCAAAGUGCCCCUUCAGACUCUACAUAUGACUUCUGAGAAUCAAGAGAAAGUAAAAGCUCUUCUGCGAGACCUACAGGAACAGGAUGCGGAUGCUGGAUCUGAGAGAGGUAUUUCUGGGGAAGAGGAAGAGGACGAGCCUCCUUAUCGUGAUGAUGAGCAGUACUGGUCCGCUGGGCAAGAAGCUUCCCUCGUUCCUGAUCCUAAUCCAUUGCAGUAUGCCUGCCCAGCCCUGGUGGAACCUCAGAUUCCAGAGUCAAGAUUCUCACCAUUGGCAGUGCAAAAGCUUUGCAGGUAUGGUUUCAACACUGAACGCUGUCAGGCAGCCCUGAGGAUUUGUGAUGGAGAUAUUGGGGCAUCCCUAGAACACUUACUCACCCAGUGUUUCUCAGAAACAUUCGGGGAAAGGAUGAAGACUUCCGAGGCAGUUGCCCAUAUCAGCUUGGAUGAGUGUGUGGAACAGCGACAGGAAGAGGCACUUGCUCUCAAGUCCAUCUGUGGAGAAAAAUUUGUAGAAAGAAUUCCGAACAGAGUCUGGACCAUCGGAUUAGAAUUGGAGUAUUUGGCAAGUAAAUUUUGCAAAUCCAAGCAAAGGGGAAGUACCAAAACUGUACAGGAGACUUCGCUUGAAACCUGUAAAUUUUACCUCAAAGGAAAUUGUAAGUUUGGAUCCAAAUGCAAAUUCAAGCAUGAAGUACCCCCAAAUCAAAUUGUUGGAAGAAUAGAAAGAAUUGUAGAUGAUUCUCAUCUACAUGAAGAUGCAUCUUUUUUAUAUGAACUUGAAAUUCGGUUUUCUAAAGACCACAAAUACCCUUACCAAGCUCCCCUGGUGGCGUUUUAUUCCACCAAUGAGAAUCUACCUCUGGCUUGUCGUUUACAUAUUUCUGAGUUCCUUUAUGACAAGGCCUUGACAUCUGCAGAAACUUCGGAACCUGUUGUAUAUUCUUUGAUAACCCUUUUAGAGGAAGAAUCUGAAAUAGCCAAGUUACUAACAAAUACCCAUCACAAGUACAGUGUUCCUCCUGUAAACUUUUUACCAGCACCCUCUGGGACCAAGAUGAAUAAUCUUGCUUGUUGUAAACCAGUGAUUCCAAAUAAGUCUUUUGUUUCAAAUCAAAUUGCAGAAGUUGAAAACGAAACAGAACCCGAGGAGGAGGCAGAUGAGGAUGAAGGCCCUGCACCAGUUAUAGUGGAGAAUGAAAGCUAUGUGAACCUUAAGAAAAAGAGUUCCAAAAGAUAUGACUGGCAGGCAAAAUCAGUACAUGCUGAAAAUGCUAAAAUCCGCAAGCAGUUCCGAAUAAAACAGGCUUCCAGACAGUUCCAGUCUAUUCUGCAAGAAAGACAGUCACUCCCUGCUUGGGAAGAAAGAGAAACCAUUCUUAAAUUGUUGAGCAAGCACCAAGUGCUUGUCAUAAGUGGUAUGACUGGAUGUGGAAAAACUACACAGAUUCCACAAUUUAUUCUGGAUGAUUCUCUGAACGGGCCACCUGAGAAGGUGGCUAACAUCAUCUGUACCCAACCCAGACGAAUCUCUGCAAUCUCUGUCGCUGAGCGUGUUGCUAAAGAAAGAGCAGAGAGGGUGGGCCUGACUGUGGGAUACCAGAUCCGGUUAGAAAGCGUCAAGUCCUCAGCCACCAGACUGUUAUACUGCACCACAGGAGUCCUGCUGAGAAGGCUAGAAGGAGACACAGCUUUACAAGGGAUUACUCAUAUCAUUGUGGAUGAGGUCCACGAGAGGACAGAAGAAAGUGACUUCUUGCUGUUAGUUUUGAAGGACAUGAUAUUGCAGAGGCCAAGUCUUCAAGUUAUUCUAAUGAGUGCAACCUUAAAUGCUGAGCUGUUUUCAGAAUAUUUCAAUUUCUGCCCAGUUAUUACCAUACCAGGUCGUACCUUCCCUGUUGAUCAGUUUUUUCUGGAAGAUGCCAUUGCUGUGACAAGGUAUGUGUUACAGGAUGGGAGCCCAUAUCUGCGCUCCAUGAAGCAGAUUUCAAAGGACAAGCUUAAAGCCAGACGCAACAGAACUGCAUUUGAAGAAGUUGAGGAAGAUCUGAGGCUUUCCCUUUACCUCCAGGAGCAGGGUUCUGUCAAGGAUCAGGUGCCCGAUCAACAGUUGGAUUUUAAGCAGCUCCUGGCCCGCUAUAAAGGGUUUAGCAAAUCAGUCAUCAAAACAAUGUCCAUCAUGGAUUUUGAAAAGGUGAAUCUUGAAUUAAUAGAGGCCUUAUUAGAGUGGAUUAUGGAUGGAAAGCAUUCCUACCCUCCAGGUGCCAUACUUGUGUUUUUACCGGGACUAGCAGAAAUCAAAAUGCUUUACGAACAGCUACAAUCUAAUCCCCUUUUCAACAACAGACGUAGUAAUCGAUGUGUCAUUCAUCCACUUCAUUCAUCUUUAUCCAGCGAAGAGCAGCAGGCUGUGUUCGUAAAACCUCCUGUAGGUGUAACUAAGAUUAUAAUUUCCACCAACAUUGCUGAGACGUCCAUAACCAUCGAUGAUGUUGUCUACGUCAUCGAUUCUGGGAAAAUGAAGGAAAAGAGAUAUGAUGCUAGCAAAGGUAUGGAAAGCCUAGAGGAUACUUUUGUGUCUCAAGCUAAUGCCCUGCAAAGGAAAGGCCGAGCUGGCCGUGUGGCUUCUGGAGUCUGCUUCCAUUUAUUCACUAGCCAUCACUACAGCCACCAACUGUUAAAGCAGCAGCUACCAGAAAUACAAAGAGUGCCAUUGGAACAGCUGUGUCUAAGAAUUAAAAUCUUAGAGAUGUUUAGCACUCAUACUCUCCAAUCUGUGUUCUCUCGGCUCAUUGAACCUCCACACACUGAUUCUCUCCGUGCCUCUAAAAUACGAUUACGAGACUUGGGAGCAUUAACUCAAGAUGAAAAAUUGACCCCUCUUGGGUAUCACUUGGCCUCUCUGCCCGUGGAUGUGAGAAUCGGCAAGCUGAUGCUGUUUGGCUCCAUCUUCCGCUGUUUGGAUCCUGCUCUCACCAUUGCUGCCAGUUUGGCCUUUAAGUCCCCUUUUGUGUCUCCCUGGGAUAAAAAAGAGGAAGCUAACCAGAAAAAGUUGGAAUUUGCAUUCGCAAACAGUGACUACCUGGCCCUUCUACAAGCAUAUAAGGGAUGGCAGCUAAGCACAAAAGAAGGUGUGCGUGCAAGCUAUAAUUACUGCAGACAAAACUUCUUGUCAGGAAGAGUUCUUCAGGAAAUAGCCAGCCUCAAACGACAAUUCACUGAACUAUUAUCGGAUAUAGGGUUUGUGAUGGAGGGACUCAGAGCAAGGGAAAUUGAGAAAAGGGCCCAAGGAGGAGAUGGUGUGUUGGAUGCCACAGGAGAAGAGGCAAACUCAAAUGCUGACAACCCCAAGCUGAUAUCGGCAAUGCUGUGUGCUGCUCUGUAUCCAAAUGUAGUGCAGGUGAAAAGCCCAGAAGGGAAAUUUCAGAAGACCAGUAUUGGAGCUGUCAGAAUGAAACCAAAAUCAGAAGAGUUGAAGUUUGUCACCAAGAAUGACGGAUAUGUACACAUUCACCCAUCAUCAGUGAACUACCAGGUCAGACACUUUGACAGUCCCUACCUGGUGUACCAUGAGAAGAUCAAAACUAGCCGGGUGUUCAUCCGAGACUGCAGCAUGGUGUCUGUGUACCCACUGGUCUUGUUCGGAGGAGGCCAAGUGAAUGUGCAGCUUCAAAGGGGAGAGUUCGUGGUCUCCUUGGAUGAUGGCUGGAUCCGUUUUGCAGCUGCCUCCCAUCAGGUGGCCGAAUUAGUAAAGGAACUUCGUGGAGAGCUUGAUCAGCUGCUCCAGGAUAAAAUCAAAAACCCGAGCAUAGAUCUGUGUACGUGUCCUCGAGGAUCCCGGAUCAUCAGCAUGAUUGUGAAGCUUGUCACCACACAGUAAAGGCCAGCCUUAGGGGAAUGCCCACUACUUGCCUGCGUCUCGCUGGCCGGGGAAUAACAGCAGCACUCUACCUCCAACUGAAGACCUGUCUGUGCUGGGGCGCAGUGCCAAGGCAGCUGGGCACCACGGGCCCGUCGGGAAGCUCUCAGACUCAGCGUUUCUCACAAGGUAGUGGGCACUCCCAGUACAAUUUGGAGCGUCAGUGGUGACACCAUCUAAAACCCAGCUUGCCUGUCUCUCUCUGUGACUGUCCUGGAGAGAAGGAAAUUUAUCGGUUAACACAAAAGUGAAUGUUUAAUAUAAUUCUGUUUCAAUUUAUGUGUUAUUUUUCCCUGCUUUUUACUGGGGUGACAGGGGCAUAAGGAAAAUACCUAUUAUUGUUUUUUUUUUUGUCAUAAAGGCUCAAGUAAGAGGAGUCAGAAUAGAGAAAGAAACUGUACCUUUCUGCAAACAGGCAGGAAAAAAAUCAUGUGAGCAAGAAAAAUAAAAAUAUCGUUUUAGGCUAUUGAUUGACUACUACGUGGACUUGAUUUGUGAAGGAUUUUUAUUUUUACUCCUUAAAGAUCAGCCUAAAAUAACAAACGUAGUGAGUUCUGUUGUGGUUUUAUAAUGCAUGCUGGUCUCUUCUUAGAAGCAAGGCAAUCUGCUGUCUUCAUUCUCUUUAGUUUUCCAUUUAGGUAUCUUUACCCUCUAUUGCAGACUCACAAGGGCCAGGUUUCACUUUAUCUGCAGGGAAUUUUCAUGGUAUUCCUCAAGGCAGAGUCGACUGGGUUGAGACAGGAAAGGUUGUCAUUGCUGGUGUCAGAUUUACAGCCAUAACAGUGCCUCCCGUGAGACUGCUGAUAGUUAAGGGGGCGCUAGUAUUUUGGGUGGCACAAGCAGUUAAGUGCUUGGCUGCUAGCUGAGGUUGGAGGUUCAAGUCUACCUUGAGGUACCUUGGAAAGAAGGCCUGGCAAUCUGCUUCUGAAAAGUUAGCCAUUGAAAACUCUAUGGAGUAUAGUUCUACUCUGACAUACAUGGGUCACCAUGAAUAGGAAUCUCCUAGACGGCAGCUGGUUUGGUGGUUUUAUUUUUUGGGCGGGGCGGUGGGGGGAUACCGAUACAUCUUCCCUGGAUGUUCAUCAGUGUGGCCGGAAAUGAUCCCAAAGAGCAGAGUGGAAGAAACCUCCUUGUGUUGGCUAGACCUCAGGUAGGGAGUCACUGUGGGUUUCCUGCUAUAUCCAGGUUGAAUACAAAUUGAUCAACAAAAGCACCUCAGUGAAAGGUGUUCACUUUCUGAAGUAUUAUUUUAGUUAUGUUUUCAGGAAAGCUCCUGAUGUGUUUAAGCUGCAAUAUAGUUGAAUAGCUUAGACUCUAAGCAGUAUUUUUAAAAGGCAUCAAUUCAUGUUGUCACUUUAAAUUAAAAAAAAAAAAAACACAUACACAGCAGCCACCUUUUGACUUGCUCUUGAAACAAGGCUCACA